UGCACGCUUCAGCACUUCGAGAGCUCUCUAAUAAACACUACAUGCGAACAACUUAUUUUUAUUUUCUAAUCACUCAGCCGAAAUUUGUGUAAAUUCUGAGACAAGAAGUGUAUAUAUAUAGAUACAUCAUACCGAAACGAAAAUGGAUGAUACGAUUACGAAAUUCGUGCGCAAACAUCUGCAACUGCUUCUUUUGGAGCGCGAAGAAGAUCUUCAGAAGUUCUUUAAUGAUUUUUCCCCAGUCAAUCUUCAUUAUUUGGAAAAAAGUGGUCUAGCUCUUACCAAACUGAACAUUAAUAACAGUGUCUGCAAUGGACCGGAACGUUAUCAGAUUGACUUUGAAAAAGCUGAUGGUCUACCCUUGGAGCAUGGAUUAUCAAGGGGUGAUCUGGUUAUCUGUAUCAGAUCAAAGGAAAAAGGCCAGAUGAUCAAGGCCAUUGUCAUGGACAUUAGCGAAUCUACUUUGAGUAUUAGCUCAAAUGGCCAGUACGAGGAUGUUCAGGAUGAUGAGCAAUUUACCGUGGUCAAGUCCGACUCUGAUUACACUUACAGGAGUCAGACAAGAGCUUUAAACGCUUUGGAGAAAAAAGAAAUUUAUUCCUCACAAUGUCUGGAGAUAAUUAAAAUUCUAUUCCACAAAGAUGAGGAUGUUAUUCACCAAUUACUGGUUGCAGAAGAUCCUAUUCUCAAAACAAUUUUGGAUGAUGAUGAUAACAUUAAAUUUCACAAUCGAAGUCUUGCUAAAGAUCAAAAGCUGGCUGUGGAGUUUUCUUUAAAAAGGAGACAUUUUGCAAUUGUUCAAGGACCACCAGGAACUGGUAAAACCACAACAUUGAUAGAGGCAGUCGUACAAUUGCACAGAUUAGGCAAAAAAAUUCUCAUAUGUGCCCCAACCAACGUUGCAGUAGAUAAUUUAGUCAUCAGACUUGGUGGAACAGAAGCUAAGCCGUUGCGUCUAGGUCAUCCUACUAGAAUCGCAAAGUCGGCUCUAAAAUAUUCUUUAGACUCGUAUUUAGAGAGAGAUGAUAGUUUUAAGGAUCUGAAAGAUAUUAAAAAGUCAAUAAAAAAUCUAGAGACAAAUGUCGAAAGCAGUGGAAGAAAAUAUAUUUACAAAGAAAUAAGAGACUUGAAAAAAGAAUAUCGAAAACGUUUGUCUAGACUUACCUGCGAUAUACUAAGGAGAAGCACUGUAAUACUAUGUACAUUAAAUUCAGCAUCAGCAACUAAUGGUCAAAUUCAAAGUCUUCCAAAGGAUCACUUUGAUGUAUUGAUUGUUGAUGAAGCAUCACAAGCUAUGGAAGCAUCAAUGUGGAUUGCCAUUCCAAAUGCUCCAAAACUCAUUCUUGCUGGAGAUAUAAAUCAAUUACCACCAGUAGUAUUGUGCCAAAAAGCCGUUGAUGGUGGUUUGAAUAUAAGUCUGAUGGAAAGAGCAAUAAAAAAAUUGAAAGACAAUUGUUUUGUCAGAUUAACAAGACAGUAUAGAAUGAAUGAAAAAAUCAUGUCUUGGGCUAGUGCCAAAUUUUACGAUAAUACACUUGAAGCUGAUGAUUCAGUAAAAAACCAUUUACUCAAAGACUUACCUUUAUCAGACAAACAUGACGAUACUUUGACAAGCGAAGCUAUAGUGUUUAUCGACACAUGUGGUUGUGACUGUGAAGAAUUUAGGUCUGGAGUUGAUUCUGCAUCCAAAGGAAAUGUUAGAGAAGUUAUUGUCGUACAUAAAGUUGUAACAGCUCUAAUCAAAACAGGUUUGCGACACAGAGAUAUUGGUGUGAUUACUCCAUAUGCAUUACAGGUCGACUUUAUCAAAAGAAAUUUUGCGUCAGAUUCCUACAAUGUCGAAGUAAGCACAGUGGAUGGUUUCCAGGGAAGAGAAAAGGAAGCUAUCAUCAUUUCGCUGGUCAGAAGUAAUCAAGAAAAGGAACUUGGCUUUGUCACCGAUUUCAGGCGGUUGAACGUUGCCGUUACGCGAGCAAGAAGGUCGCUCAUUGUCAUAGGCGAUAGUGAAACAAUGGAGAGUGACGAUGUUAUCAAAAGUCUUUUAAAUCAUAUAGAAGAAAAUGGCUUACUACAGUCGGCAGAAGAGUACCUUUCAGAAACUGUCGACAAAGAAAGGGAAAUAGAAAAACCAUUGCAAAAAAACUUAAAAUCGAAAUCCAAAUUAAAGACAAAAAACAAAUCCGUGAAAAAACAAAAAAAUUCCAAAAGCAAAAAUGAUAUGCCGAAAGCACAAAAACAAGUUAAUCCGCAACCAUCUGAAGCACUGAAAAAACCUCUCGAUAGAACUAGUGAGAAAAAAACGGACCCCAACAUUUGUAUGAAUAGAAAAAUGUACAAUAUUUAUGAAACCAUUUCCACAGUUCACUCGGACCAAGAAAAUGAUGAGCCAGACGAGGAAGAAUCAUCACUUUUGGAGAUCUCUGAAAAACGUCCAAAUAAAGAGCAAAGUAAAAAAGAACAGACGAUGGAAAAAUUCGAAAUAAAAGGCACGAAGGAGAGAGUUUACAAAAAGAUAGAAGUCACAGAAAAAAACAGCGAAAAUGAAGUUUUGCAAGAUAAAUCUGAAGUAAAGAAAGAAGAUAACUUUGACAAAAUUGUUCAAGAAUUUGCAAAAUCUAAUUCAACGUGUUCGUAUCAGGGGUGCAAAAAGUCAACGAAACUUAUUCAACUUAUUUGCCAGUUUUGUAAAAAGUGGUAUUGCUUGGAACAUGGUUUACAAGAAAUUCACGGAUGUGGUAACGCAAUAAGGCAAAAAGCGCGAAAGGAUUUCAGACAAAAACAAAAAAAAAUAGAAACUUGUACGAAAAAAGAAAAAGACAAAUUCACAAAGAAAUUAAAAGAAUUGGAAGAGUUGCGAAAACCUAAGAAGAAAGCUACAAAAUGAGUAAUUUUCAAAGGUAUUUCAUUAAAUAAAAGUCAAAUUUUGGUGUUGUCGAUACG